GCAAAAUUACUAUUUAUAUUUUAAAUUGGCAUAAAAUAAAGCAUGCUUGGGAACCUUGUCAGUCGAUUUACAUAGAAAAUUACUGGUGUACAAAAUAAUUUCUAACAAAUGCCGGCUGAUGUAAUCCCAGCAAGUCGCGUGCUGCAAUUGUGAUAAACUGAUAACUGAUGCAUUCCUAAUGUUUACCUAGACGUUUUAGUUAAUUCUCUUCGUGUGUUUAUAAUUUGUAGACACAAAAAUGAUAUCGAAAUCCAAAUGGCUCAAUUUGUCGGUACGUGGAAGAAGGAUAUUGUAUCCUCGACUGGCGGUACCGAGUAGGUCGGCAAGCUCGUUUCGGGAUGCAACCGGAGCAACUGCAAGUGAAGCUAAAAAAUCGUCCAAUGUCCAAGUUAUCGACCAACGUGACUCCAAAUAUGCCGAGGGGAAAGUGUACCACGGAUUCAAGUGCGAACGCAUCGAGUACGUUUCCGAUUUCGAACUAACAUCCUACACCCUGCGACAUGAGGGCACUGGCACCGAGUUGUGGCACAUACACCGAAACGAUGCCAAUAACGUAUUCUCCAUCAAUUUCCGCACAACACCCUUUGACUCGACUGGCCUGCCCCACAUUUUGGAGCAUUUAGCCCUAUGCGGAUCCAAAAACUAUCCAGUUCGCGAUCCGUUCUUUAAAAUGCUGAAUCGAUCGGUAGCUACGUUCAUGAAUGCAAUGACUGGUCCAGAUUACACCCUAUAUCCGUUCUCCACCAUGAAUGAGGUGGACUACAGGAAUUUGCAAAGAAUUUAUCUGGAUGCCGUAUUCAGGCCUAAUCUUAAGUAUUUGGAUUUCCUUCAAGAAGGAUGGAGGCUAGAAAACAAGGACCUCAAAGAUCGCAAGUCUGAGCUUGUGAUUAAAGGAGUGGUUUACAACGAAAUGAAAGGAGCUUUCUCGGAAAAUUCGCAAGUAUUUGGACAAAAUCUCUUAAACAACGUCCUUCCCGACCAUACGUAUGGCCACAUCUCCGGAGGAAACCCAUUAGAGAUACCCAAACUGACGCAUACUGAUUUAGUUGAAUUCCAUCAGAAGUACUACCAUCCAAGCAACGCCCGAAUCUUUUCCUACGGAUCAUUCGAUCUGUCCAAAACGCUCGAACUCGUGGACAAAGAGUAUCUGUCUGGUACACCGCGCAUUGACAGCUCAUAUAGCCAAAUCCCUGCCCAACCGCGCUGGAAGCAACCUCGCAAUGUGCACAUCUCGAGCCGGCUUGAUAAUAUGGGAGCUGCCUAUGACCGUCAAAACCAAAUCGCCAUAGCAUUGUUGAUGUCUGACAUAACCAACAUUCAGGAGAGCUUUGAACUUAACGUGUUGUCCGAGCUACUUAUCCGAGGACCAAACUCUGCAUUUUACAAAAGUCUAAUCGAACCGAAUUUCUCCGGUGGCUACAACCAGAGUACUGGAUACUCUGCCGACACCAAGGAUACGUCGUUUGUAGUGGGAUUACAAGAUCUCAGGGUCGAGGACUUCAAGAAGUUCGGCGAACUCUUCGAUCAAACGAUUCACAAGGCGAUCGAAGAAGGGUUUCAGCACCAGCAUGUUGAAAGCAUUUUAAACAAUCUUGAGCUGUCGCUGAAACACCAGAGCCCCCAUUUCGGAAAUUCCUUGUUGUUCAACACCACUGCCCUAUGGAACCACGAUGGAGACGUAGUGGGCAGUCUUCGUGUUUCAGAAAUGAUAGCUUGUCUGCGGAAAAAUCUGCGAGAUCAGAAGACAUACUUCCAAGACAAAAUUCAAAAGUAUUUGGCAAAUAAUACACAUAGACUCACAUUGACAAUGUCGCCUGACGAAUCUUAUGAAGAAAAGUUUAAGGUGGCCGAGUCCGAGAUGCUCAAACAGAAAGUAAAAGCACUUGAUAAAGAAAAGUUGGAAGAAAUAUACAAUGAUGGGAAAAAACUGGAGGAGUCUCAAAAAUCUGUAGAGAACACUGAAGCAUUGCCCUGUCUGACAUUGAAAGACGUAAGCGAUCCCCCCAAAUGGCCAAAAUUGAAUACGGAAACCGUUCAGAAUGUGUCAACGCAAAUAUGUACAGUUCCCACCAACGAGAUUACAUACGUUAAAUGCUUAUUCAAUAUAACAGGCCUUAGCCAAGCAGAAACUACACUUGUACCAUUAUUUUGUAGUGUUAUUAACGAAAUGGGCACCAGCAAGUAUAAUUUUAGAGAAUUCGAUAAAAUGAUACUCUCGAAAACCGGGGGUAUCGACUUUAAGUUCAAUGUGGUAGAAAAUGUUCAAGACGCGCAGAGUUAUCAGCUCUCUGUCAUGAUGACCACAUUUGCCCUCGAUAAGAAUGUCCCUGAUAUGUUUGGAUUGUGUCAAGAGCUCCUGCAGAACUUCACUUUCGCCGACUCGGACCGGUUACAAAUGCUAAUUGAAAACUACAUUUCCAACAUAUCUGUCGGAGUGGCUAGUUCUGGCCACCUGUACGCCAUGCUGGGUGCAACUUCACUUGUCAGUGACGCCGGAAAACUGAGAUCGGUUCUGUCAGGUGUGGAUCACAUAGAAUUCAUGAAAACAUUUUCGCAAGAGUUGAAUGUGGCGAACCUACAGGAGACUCUUAAGAAGAUUGGGCAAAAAAUCUUCAACAAAAGCAAUAUGCGUGUGGCCAUCAACUGUUCCGAACCGUACCUAACAAGUGCUUUAAAUCAUUGCAGCAAGUUCUUAGAGACAAUUCCAGCCCAGGGACAAACAGAUGAUCAACGUAAAAUUCAGUUUUUCGAUCCGAGCUGCCAACAAUACCUUAUGAACAUACCUGUUAACUACUGUGGUAAAGCCUUCCUGGCUGUCCCAUAUUUGCACCAGGAUCAUCCCACAUUGCGUGUCCUGGCCAAGUUCAUAUCGGCCAAGUACCUAUUGCCGGUGGUUCGCGAACAAAAUGGGGCUUACGGAGCAGGAGCCAAGAUCAAUUCUGAUGGCAUUUUUUGCUUCUAUAGCUACCGAGACCCCCAUUCGACGAAAACUCUGGAUGCUUUUGAGAAAACUUAUGAGUGGUUGGGCUCUAAUGCCGAUAAGAUCAACCAACAAGCCGUGUUUGAAGCCAAACUGGGAGUGUUGCAGCAGCUGGACUCGCCGAUAGCACCCGGAAAUAUUGGCAUUGAUAAUUUCUUGUAUAAGGUUUCCCCCGAAAUGUUUGUCAAUUAUCGUACUCGAUUGUUAUCCAUAACCGUUGAUGAGUUAAAGUCUGCGAUUGAAAAAUACUUUAAAAAUCCACCAAAACACGUUGGAAAGUGUAUUUUGGGCCCUGCAAUUAACGAUUUGGACUCGCAAACUGGUCACAAAUGGAAGAUUUCCUCUUAGAUCCUAGUAAAUUCUAAUUUACUUAUUAAUGUAAAAUCCCUAAACAGAUUUAAAAAUUGUUAUUUUAUUUAUAUUAAAACCAACAAACUAUUAAA